GCCUCGUGGAGUUGAGGGUGGCACCAGCACCCAGCCUGUCCCGAGGAAGCCCCAGCCAGAGCCAUGGCAGGUGUCUGUGACAGGGGCCCUGACUUCCUCUCUCCGACGGAAGACCAGGUCCUGGGGCCUGCCCUGGGCACUGCAGUCGCUCUGAAUUGCACAGCUUGGGUGGUCUUUGAGCCCCACUGCCCCCAGCCUUCAAUCCAGUGGCUAAAAGAUGGGCUUCCAUUGGGCAAUGGCAGCCACUACAGCCUCCAUGAGGACUCUCCCUGGGACAAGGCCAACUUGUCAGAGGUACUUGUGUCCAGUGUCCUGGGGGUCAACUUGACUGGUGCUGAGGACUACGGGGUCUUCACCUGCUCCAUCCAGAACGUCAGCUCCUCCUCCUUCACUCUUUGGAGAGCUGGCCCAGCAGGCCACGUGGCUGCGGUGUUGGCUUCCCUCCUGGUCCUGCUGGCCCUGCUGCUGGGGACUCUGCUCUACGUCAAGUGUCGCCUCAACGUGCUGCUCUGCUACCAAGACGCGUACGGGGAGGUAGAGAUGAACGACGGGAAGCUCUACGACGCUUACGUCUCCUACACCGACUGCCCCGAGGACCACAAGUUCGUGAACUUCAUCCUGAAGCCGCAGCUGGAGCGGCGUCGGGGACACAAGCUCUUCCUGGACGACCGCGACCUCCUGCCACGAGGGGAGCCCUCUGCCGACCUCCUGGUGAACCUGAGCCGCUGCCGGCGCCUCAUCGUGGUGCUUUCGGACGCCUUCCUGAGCCGGGCCUGGUGCAACCACAGCUUCCGGGAGGGCCUGUGCCGGCUGCUGGAGCUCACGCGCAGACCCAUCUUCAUCACCUUCGAGAGCCAGAGGCGCGCGCCCGCGCAUCCCGCGCUCCGCCUGCUGCGCCAGCACCGCCACCUGGUGACCCUGCUGCUCUGGAGGCCCGGCUCCGUGACGCCUUCCUCCGAUUUUUGGAAAGAGCUCCAUCUGGCGCUGCCGCGGAAGGUGCAGUACAGGCCGGUGGAGGGGGACCCCCAGACCCAUCUACAGGAUGACAAGGACCCCAUGCUGGUUGUUCGAGGCCGUGUCCGGGAGGGCCGGGCCCUGCGCCCGGAGCUGGACCCCGACCCCGAGGGAGACCUGGGUGUCCGAGGGCCUGUCUUUGGGGAGCCAUCGGUUCCAUCACAUGCAAGUGGGGUCUCGCUGGGAGAGGGCCGGGGCAGUGAGGUGGACAUCUCGGACCUCGGCUCCCGAAACUACAGUGCCCGCACAGACUUCUACUGCCUGGUGUCUGAGGACGACGUAUAGCCCCUGCCCCACCCCAGAGCACAGGACCACCAGGGACA